UGCCGAUUGUCUCGAGCUCCCCGGGACGAGGGCUUCUCGCACCGCAGCUCUCGUCGCCGUCGAGAGCGUCGCCGCCGAGGGCCAGCCCCAGUAGCCCACCCAUGUCCAGCUUUUCAGCCGUGGAAGCUGAGAGAGGAGAAGUAAUGAUUCCUGCGACAGCUGCCUCCAUAGUACCGUCGGCGGGGUUCUUUCCGAGUAUCAAACAGAGCUCACCGAAACAAGCGAAGUCCGUGUCGCCGCAGCUGCACUCGCGAAUACUAGGGUCAACAAUAUCUUCGCCACCACUAGCAGGAACAGCAUCUGCAUCUGGAGCUGCCCCAGCCGCAAAUACGACGACCACCAAUCCUCACGGCAUGUCCCGGGCCGCGUCCGCCACAUCGCUUCAACAACAACACAAUGCACUGGCGAAUGUGGAGCCGCGCAUGCAGGAACGGGUGUUAAAGGCUUUUUCUGGGUCGGGGUCUAGUAGCACAACCGGCGGCGCGUGGUUACCUUCUUCAUCUUCCAGCGGCUCUGCAACCACCUCCGCAGGAGGACCACUGCGACGCACGCUCAGAGAUUCUGUAGACCAAGAAGAGGACCCCUACAUGGUUUCUGGCUCGACGGGUGCUUGUACUCGUCCUCAUGACCUCGCAGCUCCGAUCAUUCCGCAGCUGAACGCGCCUAGACUUGGCUCGACUUCAUCUGCGCGCCAAGAACAUCAUGUCGACUCUGCUGCGUCAAGACAUCACCUGGAGCAGCCUUCCCUGGAGGAAAUUUUUGAUGUCGGGGGUUCUAGGUCCGUUUUUUCGGAAACAAAGGAUGACGAUUCCUCGAUAAGAAUCAUCGGACAAAAGGGAGAACAGGAGCAACUAGUACAGGUGGAGAACCGGUCACGCAGGCAGAUUUUUCAGGACCGGUUGUUCAGUAAAUUGGACAGUGACAAGUCUAAAAGUCCGAAAUCACAACACAGCAGAAGUCCUGUGUUACAACAACGAACCAUAUCGCCCAGAACGAGAACAACUACUGCAGCUUUGCGUCAUCUUCAUGACCAGCAAGAGCACCGCGACAAAUCUCCGGGAAGAAUGAUGUCGCAGUCCAUGGAGAAUGUCAGCCUUUCCACAGGCGGCUUUCGCAGCGCGAGCAGACGGCAAAGUAAAGAAAACAUCGGAAGUUGUACUAGCGAACAGGGCGCGUUUCUAGUAAACUGCGAGCAUGACUACAAACAAGAAAAAGAUCACGAGAUGCUGAACUCUUUAUCUGGAUCAAGGCAGGUCCUGGACCGCAGCAUUUACGAAGAGGUGCUUGACAACGUGAUGCGCAGUUCGUCGAAGUCUUCGAGCUCGACGGUCGGGGCGGGGAAUGUUGUCCAUGCUGUUCCUGUUGCUUCCAGUACCGGCCUUACAAAUCAAACUCUUCAGGACGAGCCGUUGAACAUCGAGGACAAGCCUUCUGAAAGCGAGUCCAUACGGCCUGCCUUCGCAGCUGCUGAACAAGAACAAGAGGAGCAACUCAUUACUCGCCAAAGUCUCCUGCAGGACAAGCAUUUCCGCGAACACUCUACUUCUCGAAAAUCCUCGCCCAAAGUAGACCUGCUGCUGCACAGUGUCAACUCACUCUCUUUCGCCAGCGCGCCUUCGAGGUUGGGAUUGGGAGUUUACCAAACGGCUUCGACCAACGGGAAGAUGCUGAAGCGGGUGAAUGUGACCAGUGAGGACAUUCACAAAAACUUAGCGGCGGUACUCGGCGGCAGUAGGGCAAGCGGCUCCACCUCGAAAAGCAGCAAUUCCGCCGGAAAGAAGAAGUCAUCGCCUUUGGAUGGACAUGGAGAUGAGGGUGGUGACCUGGCAGAGCAGCACGUGGACCAACCACACGAUCAUCGCGGCGGCCCGGAGGCGCUGUUAGAGCUGGCGGAAGUUGUGCCGUAUCAAAGCGAGGUGGUGCAGCCAUCAGCUGGGGUUCUCGCCCAGGAUGAUCGGCAGAGAGUCGAGCAAGUGCUUGUCGCAGACGAAUUUGUGUCGCAGCUGCUCGUGGUUCAUCCGCAGGAGAAAAGGGACGAGACGUCUCAAAUAAAUGCACCACCAGAUCAUGGGCGAGCAGAUGAGUUGGCUCUGGCUGUGACAUUAAAUCGAGGCAGUCCAAGCCCGAGUCCAAGACGGGCACCCUCUAUGGGGAGGAAAAGUGCUGGAGCCGCAGGAGCAUCCUCGUCGUCCUCGUCGUAUCAACACUCCAGGUCGGGAGCCGCGGGACCAGAUUCGCAUACGAUCGUCCCGAAAGAAACCACAUUCAGCACGAGCAAUUUUCCACUAGACUCCUACUCAGGACAACAACAUCACGAGCAGUACAGUGGCAAAAAGCAAAAUUCUCGGCGAUCUGUCGGCGCGAAACCAGAGGACACGUCGUUUUCCGAGCUAAAAGCAGCAACCACUCGAGCCCGUUCCAGGGAGAGAACCUCCACGCCUCGCGGCUACCGAUCCACGCGGACGAGCCGCAUGCGGGAGGAACAGCGCAAGCGGGAGAGAGACCAAAGUCAGGGCAGAGGAGGAAGCAACGUCGUGGCUCUGAUGCGCAGUUUGAGUCGAACCAGUGCGAGCGGGGACAAAAACACAGCGGUGGAUGUGAUGCCGCUGCGGGCGGCAGGGACUACAGCUGGCGCAGCAGCGGUUUCUUCGACGUCUUUCGUGGUACCACGACCGGAAGCUACCGGCUUUUCCAGCACAGGUAGUGGCAACGUUGCGCCGUCGCGAGAAGCGCAGGAAGCGGCAAUCAAUCAGCUGCGCGGUACAACUACGCAGCACAACAAUCCGCACACGCCGGCACCGGUUUCGCUAGUGCAAGUGGUUCCUCUUGCCAGCGAGGCUGAGGACAGCGAAGGCAGUGGCGGCUGUGAGGGAACUACGAUGAAGCACACAGAAGUAGUUGUUGAACAAGAUCAUGCGAUCAAUUCGUCCAAUUCUCGAAGUAUGAACAACACAACAAGCUUAUCCGCAACCUCCUACCACCGCACAAGCAGUUCCUCCGCCACGAAGACCAGUGCCAGAACGAGGGGUCGCAUCCUAACAACGCAGGAACCAGCCCCUUCCGCUGCGGCGGGGGCCAAAACUCCAAAUCGAUUGCCAAGUAAAAAUCUCCAAACUUCUCAGUCAGCAACUGCGAGUCGAAGCCGCUCCGCCGGCCGCUACACGCCGCGCGGGGUCAGUAAGGAGCUGUACCAGACGGCCAGUGGGUCGGAGAUGAGUCAGGGACCGACGGCAAGUCUCUCCAGUUCCUCGGGAGGAGCGGCUGCUAUCCGAUCCUACCACAACAUCCUGGCCGCGGGAGCGCAAAGGCAUCUAAAUGCGAUGGGGAACAAUAGUCAGAACAGUCAAAACACGGCGCAUAACAGGCUGCCAUCGCAGCAGAGUCUGGUCCAGAAUUUGCUGUUGGCGCGGGAAGUGGGAGGUGACAGUGCUCUCGAUGGCGGGUACUACGAGCACAACUAUCUUCAUCCGGGGGGCAAAGCAACACCAACACCUGCAACUGCUGGAACAAACAAAAGUGAGGCUACUACUUCACACGCCGAAGUAGACCACGAGCCGCAAUCGAAUGCAGGAGCGUACCAGCAAGGUCGCUCUGUGCAGCAGGGCGUCGUGCCACUGGGCUCCUCUACUGCGUCCUCAAGCACAAACACGCCUGCUAGAGGCCUCAGCACCCGAGCUGGCACAACCUCAAACCGCAGAAGUCCUUUACUCGGAAAAGUGUUGACGCCGCGACCGGAAACCGAACCAGCAGAAGGAAAGACGGCGGAGCAUGUUGGCACUGACCGCGUGUCAAAAAUUGAGGCAAGCAAUUCCAAUUUGUCUUCGUCUAGCAGGCAGGCAUCCUCAAAUGCAGCUGUUCAUGAUCAUCCCACGACUUCUGUGUCAUCUGCGCAACAACAUCCCUCUUCCUCGCCGAAAUUGUCAACAAAAACGACAACACCCCGGAACGCCGCACUUUCGCAACUCUACGUGGCAACAGCGAACCGGCAAAAGCAGCAUAAUUCCCAACACUACACUCAGAACAGUACUAUUGGCGCAGCGACCUCUUCAAAGAACACUAGUAAGACAAGUAGUUCUUCUGCUACCAACACAACAACCCCACGACACGCCGGACUCAUCGUGAACCCCUUGCCCGCUCCAGACGAUUCUCCCUCCUCGAUGAAGGCCAUUCUCCGCCAGGCGUCCAGGUCGCCGCCCCCUAGUAGCAACAAGAAAAAACUGCAGGAAACGCUGUCCGCGAACUUCGGAAUCCUUCGUGCCUCCUUCGAAGCCCAGGGGAGGGACACGAAGCGCGGCGCGGACGUCGCGCGAGCGGCUUAUGCUCUCGGGUUGCAAGCGAAUCGGGGGUUGGGCGGUGGCGUGUUCUCAGGUGGGGGGAGUGGGAGAAACAAAAAGUUUUCUGUCGCGGAGUACCAUACGCGGCCGUUGCUGCCGGUAAGUACGCAGAAAAGUAUCUCCAGUGCGCACAGAAGUCCUGGUGGUGUUGUGAGUGCUGACUACGGAGAUGAGCAGGAUCUUCAUGAUGUGGUCGGCCGUCGAGAAGUAGAGAAACAAGCUCAACAACGCAGUGAUGACGAGAACGUCAAUGCACGACAAGUAGAGCAGUUGCACUCACACGAGGACGACCUUGCGGCAAUGAGAAAUGCUGAUGCUGUCGUCGACGACAUAAUUAGCCCCAGGAUCUUCACGAACCACAAUGAUGGAAAACCAGAAGAGCCACGUGUUCAACAUCCAGCAAUGAAAAAAAAGCACCUCCGACAGCAGGGUCCGCGAGACACCGGACCCUUUUCCCCGAAGAAAAGAACCUUGUCCGGACGAACGUCUCCAUCUUCCGCCAUCGGAGCAAAGAAGGAAAGCUACAUCGACUCGCUGGAAGCAGAGCAGCUGAUUCAAAUCACCAACCGGCUCAAGGAAAGCAUCUUCCGGAAAGAGGAAAACGGUUCUGCAGGUGAUCUCGAGCAUCAUGACAACCUCUUUCACGAUGUGGGGCCGCUCUCGAGCAUUGAGAUAGAAAAAAUGUCGCUUGCUGUCUCGACGGGCGGUGGUGGACCUGUGGACGAUAAGAAUGCUCAUCUGCAGGGCGGGGAAAGAAGCUCGCGCAGUCGGAAGGAGCAGGCUUCAGGAACUGUUCCUGCGGGUCACAAUUUGAAUGGUGACGCAAGUUUGUCGCUCUCUUUGACAUCUUUGUUUGAUAGUGCGAAGGGGGCAGACGAAGACGAUGAUGAUGAAAACGAUGAUCACCAACAUGAUCUUCACGCCGAUACAGCCCAGAAAGAAAAUCAGGAGCAGAUGGACGAGCAGGAUUACCUCGAUUACUUGGAGAAUCAGCGGCGAAAACUCGAAGCGGCUGGAGUGCUUCAGCGCAGGUCUCGUGAUGGCGCCGCGGGGGCUGGAGUGGGAAGAACACAUGAAGAGCAUCAGGAUCGGCACUCCGACGAACGUGAACGCAAGUCCAGGUCCAGGUCCAAUUCGCAGCGCGCACGUAAAGUAACCGACCACGAGGUAACGAGUCGACGACACGGAGGCGAAGUUACGCAAGAAGAGCGGUAUAACGAGGGUCGAGAAGAUGACCAUUCGGCGCAAGUAGAAGCAGCAAUCGCAGUUGGGGAAAGAUCCGCGAUCUCCCCGAUAACGCACUCGCGCGGUUCGCCCGCAACGUGGCGCACGACGAACACCAGUGCGGCAACAGUGUUUCAACCCGCGCCAAGAGAAGAACACCGUGCGGCUGUUUUGCAUGAAGAAGCUGCACCACUACUUCCCUCGCGGUCGCAGAGCGGGGGGACUGCAAGAACGACGGAAAUGAACAAAACGAGCAGAUCUGCCAGUCCCAAAACGCGACAAGAACUAACUUCGUCUUCCAGGCUGUUGCAAAGUGUGGCAAAUCGGGAGCGGGCGGGCGGGGUGGCGGAUCGGGCCAAAGAGAGUAGUACUGCAACGAAUGUUGCACAGACGGGUAUUCAUCCUGCAGAAGAAACAGUGAAUAAAAGUUACAACAAAGUCGCUCGCGAAGCAGGCGCUGUCUCCGUGCAACAUCCUGAGCAUUUGAAAGCACCAGCAAGAGAAAUUCACCCGCACAAUAAUUCUAACGCGAACAUCAAAGUCGAAGAUUCGCAGACAACCACUCGCCAAAAGCCAGCUCCUGCAACGUCAUCCGAAAUAAUCGCAAGUCAGGACCACGAGCAAGAAGCGGUUGCCAGCCAAUUUGCGAAAUUCUUCCAGAAGCGACGCGAAGCCACCGUGGUAAAGCAAGCAACUGCACAAGUAGAAAAAGCCGAAAUGCAACGCACGGACCACACGAUUGAGGAGCAGAGAAGUCACGACAUCUCCACCUCUUCUCACCGUGCCGAAAAUUCCGCGUUGCAGGAAGUGGACGAGGUGUCCACAAGCGUAUUGUCGGUGAACCGAUCGAGAAUCCUUCCAGAUCAUUUCUACAACAGGCCUGGUGGACACCAGGAGCCACCGUCCUCUUCCUCGCACACGACAGUGGUCGCGCCGCUCGUUGGGGGCUACACGACCGCCCGACAAGAUAUAAAUUUUGCGCGACGACCGCAGGGCCGUGCGGAUGCAAACAAUACUAAAAUCAGCAGCAGUGUAGCCGCUACAGUGAACAAAAGCAACAUUUCCUCCCAAUCUACCCCGAGAAGCAGGAGCAAUGUCAGCAAUGCGUCCAUGUUUCAUCCAAAAACAACUAUUUCACAGACCACCCAGCAACACAAGCAAAAACAGCAAAGUUCAGUGCAAUUUCAACUUCCGGAAAGGAGCGAGGAUCACCUGAUGCCGGGAAGGAGUCGGAUUCUCACUAGCGAGGCGUGGAAGCAAGAGCAAAGAGCAGCAGCUGCCGUGGGGGCGCAACAAGGUAGUUUGAACAGUUCUUCAGCUGGCGGUGCUAGAUCUACUGUGCGUGGUGGCUUGGCGCAGAGCGUGUUUCGGAAGCAGACGCAGAAAGGGCUGAAGCUGUUCUGAGUAGGCGGGAUGCACGGCAACUGGGGUAUUUAGUAUUCACCAAAAUUUUAUCAUUAUCAGGUCAGGGUGUUUCCUUUGAAAUUUAAGCAACAGAAAUCAUAAAUCACAAAUGAAUCAGCAAAUCUUUUUACCUGGGACGGAUGGAUCGGUUUUUUUCUUGAUAAGGUCCCUCAAAAAGUACACUUAAAGUAUCAACUUCUUUUACAGAACUGCGAAGAAUGAUGUUGGAUAGUGGUAGUGGACUAUUAGACGUACGAUAGUUACAGUAUGGACAUGGAGGUUUUAUUUUGACAUCAAAAGGGUAUUCAAUUACAAUUUCAAAUUACGUCAGCGUGACGAGCAGCUUAGAUGUUUGAAAGAAGUAGAUGAAUCUCGAUGGAAUCAUUGCAACGGAGACGGGAAAGUAAAUGUCUCGAUGAAUGCGGUCGUAGAUGCAAGGAUUCUACAACGCAAACAGCCAAAUUCCAAUAUCAACAAGGAUAUAUUGACGUUGGUGCCCACCGCCAGCCCCAGCAAGCUGAAGGAACAAU